AUGUCCGAUUCGGCGAGAGACACGGCAUCGUUCUUCAGUCGCGGAAACUCGGCGCAGUUCGAGCACGUGCUCGCCCUGUACCCGCAGGUGCUGCAACUGAAGGCCCGGAGCAAGUGCAAGCGUCCGGACGAUCUGAUUCAGCUCGACGACUGGUACCAGAACAAGCUGCCGCAGUUGAUCCAGAAGCGCGGCAAAGAUCCGCACAUGCUGCACGAGGAGCUGGUGAAAACGAUGAAGUGGAAGCAGACGCGCGGCAAGUUCUACCCGCAGCUGUCGUACCUGAUCAAGGUAAACACCCCGCGUGCGGUGCAGGCCGAGACGAGGAAAGCGUUCCGCAAGUUGCCCAACCUGGAGCAGGCGAUCACGGCCCUGUCGAAUCUGAAGGGCGUUGGGACGACGAUGGCGUCGGCACUGCUGGCGGCCGCUGCCCCGGAAACGGCACCCUUCAUGGCGGACGAGUGUCUGAUGGCCAUCCCGGAAAUCGAGGGUAUCGACUACACGACGCGUGAGUACAUGAACUUCGUGAAACACAUCCGGACGACGACGGAUCGGCUCAAUCGCGAGUGUCACCCGUUGGAGCAGGAGGGCGAAGAUGCCGACGCUUCGGGCGCGUCGCUGAAACCGCACGAAAAGAAAUGGUCUCCUCAUCGGGUAGAGUUGGCCCUGUGGACACACUACGUUGCCAGCGAGCUACAGCCGGACCUGUUGGAAAACAUCCCUGAGGAAAGCGCCGGUCCAGUCAACUCGCUCGAUGGCACCAACCCGUCAGCGGUAGACACAACAACCGCCACGACGAUGUGUAGUACUAACAGCAGCAACCAUACGACCACCGAACUGUCGAAAACCCGUCAACCUGUGGACGGUGGACGAAAGACAGCCACCAACGGUGGUGGUCCAACGUCGGCGGAGAGCAGCGAUACCGUGCACGACGCCGGUGAGGAACCGUCCGACGAGAGCAACUGCGACACCGAGCACGAUGCCAACCAGGGUGGUGGCAUCACCUCUGACGGAUCGUCCAAGUACAACAAAUUCCUCGACAGUCCGGACGGCGAUUGUACGAAAUCGGAGGAAGACAGCAGAGAGCUGACCGCCGGUGCCAGCACCGGCAGCCCCAGACAGUUGCAGCCUGCCGAGGACAGUGUCUUGUGUUGUGGGAAUCUCGAGAAUAACAAUAAUAGUAGUAACCGAACGGACACAAGCACGGUGGUGAGUGAUGAUUCGCUCAGCAGUCCCAAAGACUCAGCACCCCUGAACGACGAGGACGGAGAAGAACAGGGCAGCUCAGAAGAUGAGCCACCACUCAGCAAGAAGCCCAAGCUCGGUUCGAGUUCUUCGUAG